UGGCUGAAAAGUAUAGUGAGCGGCUAGUUGAACUAAUCUACUUCGAAAUCGAAUCAUAAGAGUGAACGGCUAGUAGGACUAAUCUACUUCGACAUCGGAUCAUAAGAGUGAACGGCUAGUAGGGCUAAUCUACUUCGACAUCGGAUCAUAAGAGUGAACGGCUAGUAGGGCUAAUCUACUUCGACAUCGGAUCAUAAGAGUGAGCAACUAGUAGGGUUAAUCUACUUCGACAUCGGAUCAUAAGAGUGAACGGCUAGUAGGGCUAAUCUGCUUUGACAUCGGAUCAUAAGACUAAACGGUGUAGGGCUAAUCUACUUCAACAUCGGAUCAUAAGAGUGAACGGCUAGUAGGGCUAAUCUGCUUCGACAUCGGAUGACAAUAUUUCAAUAUAAAAUUUCCCACCUUGGUCGGACUGAAUUUUGUUAAAUCUAUAUGGUUAUGAAUUAAACGUGUUCCCAUAGAGCUACUGCAAAAUACAAAUUACUAUUUAGAAAGAGCAAGUUUUUCUGUGGAUAUUUGAACAGCCAUACAGCCAAGUUUUCUGUGGAUAUUUGAACAACCAUACAGCCAAAUUUUCUGUGGAUAUUUGAACAACCAUACAGUCAAGUUUUCUGUGGAUAUUUGAACAACCAUACAGCCAAGUUUUCUGUGGACAUUUGAACAAACAUACAGCCAGGUUUUCUGUGGAUAUUUGAACAACCAUACAGCCAAGUUUUCUGUAGAUAUUUGAACAACCAUACAGCCAAGUAAAAUGCAAUCGAAUUUCCAUAAUAAGAGAGAAGGGAGCAGAAAUGUAGUAGCGCCUUUUUCGCACAAUUCACGUUUUUAUUAACUUUUAAAUAUUUACAUUUAAAAGAAACAAUAACAAAGAAACCGUCUUUGAUAGCGCAUCCAAUCCCUUUGAGUUUCAUUGCUAAUGUUCGAUGAAAAAAGUGAAACAUAAGGCCGAGACAAGAACCGGAGAACUGUCAGACUUUUAUCUUUAACAUACGCACACACAUAUAUAUAUAUUGUCAGACUUUUACUUUUAGCACAUACACACACAUAUAUAUACUGUCAGACUUUUAUCUUUAACACACACACACACACACAUAUAUAUAUAUACUGUCAGAAUUUUAGUUAUGCAGAUAAGUGUAAACACGUUGUGGACAAGAGACGUUUGCUAAAUCAGACAGAUUUCUGUACUUAAUCAUGAAUCCUGAAGACAAGACCUGGCGGCUAAACAUGUUGGUGUUGAUGUUCUCUAUGAAUCUGAUCAGCGACGUCCAAGCUACAUGGUGGCUUCUGGGCAUGCCUAGCUCUUACCAGAACGUGCUGGAGCUAAAUCCAACAUCUUACGGAAAUCGAUGCAAAGAAUUGUAUUAUCUCGUGAAGCGUCAAAGGGAACUAUGUAACCUUAGCUACAACAUCCUGCACAGCGUGGGCCUGGGUGCCAAGAUGGGAAUUGAAGAAUGUCAAUACCAGUUCCAGAUGAGUCGAUGGAAUUGUACAACUUUCAAUGACACGUCAGUUUUUGGCGGAAUUUUAGCUGUUAAAAGCCGAGAAAAGGCCUACGUUCAUGCUAUCUCAUCAGCAGGCGUGGCCUAUAGCAUUACACGAAGUUGCAGCAAAGGAGAACUCGCAGUAUGUGGCUGCGAUAAUCGAAUACGACAGCGUGACACCAGAGGACGCUGGGCUUGGGGAGGCUGUUCAGACGAUAUUGGGUUCGGUUCGAAGUUCAGCAGAGAUUUUGUUGAUUCUGGAGAAGAUGAGAAGACAGCGGAAGGACUGAUGAAUCUGCACAACAACAGGGCAGGACGAAGGGCUUUAAAGAGAAACAUGGAAAUGCUAUGUAAGUGUCACGGGGUAUCAGGAUCCUGUUCCAUGAGGGUUUGCUGGAGACAGCUUAAACCUUUCCGCCAGGUGGGCGAGUGGCUGUCCCGUAAGUUUGAUGGAGCGACACACGUGCGCGCUGUCAUGAAACAGGACAAUCUGAUGCUGAUUCCAUGGAAGGAGAACAUUAAAAGGCCAAGCAAAAAAGACCUAGUUUACCUCGAAGAGUCUCCUGAUUUCUGUUACAGGAACGAAACGUGA